AUGGCAAGACAUCACCAUCUUCAUGAGCAUCAGCAUCAGCAUGACGCUGAUCAACCGGACACGCCGACAAUGAGAGGCCGUCCGCGACAUUCUGAGGAUGAGACACCAGGAGGAAAUGAUGAGCAGGGUACUGAAGCAACUGCAGUCAAUAUCGUAGACGAGUUGCCACGAACCGGUUUAGUUGUCUUUGACGACUGUGUCAGUUUAGUUCCGGUCAACAGUCUCCCAGAAACGGCGCUGAAUCGAUGGCGUAAGAACGGCAGUACCAGCAACGACAAUCCCAAGAAUCUCAACAGGAAGACAGCCAAACUCAGCGUCGAAGCGAUAUCCCGCCGCAAAUCUACGACGGCUCAGCCUAACCCAAGUCGCUCGAGCCUGCAUCAUCGCGUCAAACGGCUUCUACGUCGUCAACUGCGACACAUCAGGUCCCCAGGUUAA